UUCGCUUUUUACGCACGACACUACCGACCGCGGAAUUACACUAGGGUCCGAGCAGCUCUUUGUCACAUUAUGACGAUUUCAUGUGCAGCACGCGGCUGGGUGCAAUCUUUAGCUGUCUGAGAUCGAUACACACUUCUCCGGAGCUGCAGAGUUGAUUCAUCUCUUGCUUCUGCCGCGCGUAAAACCUGUUUGGCGCGUCAGGGAGAAACAAUCCCGCCGCAAAUUCUCUCGGAUAUUUGAGCCAAAACAACACGAUGGAAAACUUUACAGCGGCUCCGGAGCUCAACCACACUUUGGGUGUUUGGACGGACUACAGUAUCCAGUACAAAGUGCUAAGUAGUUUGCUGCUUUUCGUGAUUUGCGCUUUAGGAAUCGUUGGCAACGUGAUGGUGAUCCUGGUGGUGCUCACAACCAAACACAUGAGGACUCCGACAAACUGCUAUCUGGUAAGUUUGGCAGUAGCUGAUUUGAUGGUUCUGACAGCGGCUGGUUUACCCACAAUUACCGACAGUAUCUUUGGAUCUUGGGUGUUUGGCCGCUAUGGGUGCCUGUGCAUCACCUACUUCCAGUACCUUGGGAUCAACGCCUCGUCUUGCUCUAUAACAGCGUUCACCAUAGAGAGAUACAUCGCCAUCUGUCAUCCGAUUAAAGCUCAGUUCCUGUGCACCCUCUCCAGGGCCAAAAAGAUCAUUUUGUUCGUUUGGGCUUUUACUUCUCUGUACUGUGUGAUGUGGUUCUACCUGUCAGACAUCCAGGAGCAGGUGUACGACAACAUUACCAUUAUCACGUGCGGCUACAGAGUCCCCAGGAAGUUUUAUUUACCCAUUUACUUCUUUGAUUUCGGCGUUUUCUUCGUGCUGCCGCUGCUGCUCUCCGCGGUCCUGUACGGACUCAUCGCAAGGAUCCUCUUCCUCAACCCGCUGCCCUCCGACCCUAAGGACAAGAAGAAGAACGGACAAAACAACCACACCAACAAUAAGAAGACCAGCUGCAAAAACUCCCGUCACUCCAGCUCCACCGCGACCUCCCGCAGGCAGGUGACUAAGAUGCUGGCUGUGGUGGUGAUCCUGUUUGCUGCGCUCUGGAUGCCAUACCGCACUCUGGUGGUGGUCAACUCCUUCCUGGACCGGGCCUACCUGGACAGCUGGUUUCUGCUUUUCUGCCGUAUCUGCAUCUACCUCAACAGUGCCAUCAACCCGGUCAUCUACAAUGCCAUGUCUCAGAAGUUUCGUGCCGCUUUCCGCAAGAUCUGCGGCUGUGGGAGGAAAGGCUCGGAUAAACCUGCCGCCUACAGCGUGGCCCUCACAUACAGCGCAGUCAAGGAUACGUCAAUGGUGGAGAGCACCGAUCACUUCACGACAGAGCUGGAGGAACUCACCGUCACAGACGAGCUGCUGUCUGAUCAGAAAAUGAUGUUCCCAGACCCUUGUGUGUAUGGAAAGGUGAACUUUAGCGAAGCCUGAGGUUGGUGGUCUGAGGCCGGCUGGACGGUUCUGUAUGCCAGCGAGGAUGAAAGAGUUUGACAGUGUUGUUUAUUGCAGUCUGUUAAGUGGGAAUAUUGUUUCCUGAGUGCAUGCUGACCUUUCUAAAACCAGGCGGUUUUAGCUGGAGAUGUAAACACAGAUUACAGCCACUGAUGCGUAAUGACAGUCUUUGAGGCACAAAGCCGAGACUGAUCCCAGACAUUGUAAAGCAACAAACAUUGUCAGAUAAGCACUCUAGCUGUCAUCUUAUCUUGGACCUACCCACGUAUAUUACAGUGUAUGAGUCAACAAAACAUGAAUGUGAACAAAGACACCGUUCCUACUUCAGAUGUAUAAUGUUGUGCCACAAUCCAGAUCAGCACAGACUCACUUCAGAUCAUUAAAGCUGCACAGGACAGCGAGAGGUAAUUGUCUGAGGUGAGGUGAACUCCCUGGACAUAUUCAUGUUUAUUUAAGGAUACCAAAGAGAUGACAAAAGCAAACAGAAUUCACCCUGUUCUUUGCCUGAACUAGGGCCUGCUGCAUUGCAUGAUUUUGUGCUCUUGCCUCUGUGCAAGAGCGUACGUGCAAUUACUUUGCUUAGCGUAGCUUAGCCUCAUCCUUUUCUCGGCAAAAGCUUUUUUAACUAAAAAAAAGCUGGUAUUGAGUUUUAAUUGUUUUUCAGAUGACAUAACCAUUUAGAUUUCCAAUAUCUGAUCAGUUUAUCCAAAUUCCAAAUCAAAUUUUUGGAAAUUUGCACUAACAUUGUCGGCGGAGCUGCCUGUGUGAGACCAGCCAGUCAGCUUAACGUCACAAAGCAAAUGUCGACAGUGUUUUUGUAAUCAGUGUUUCCAACUAGCUAGCAACAAACUUAGUGACUUAAGCAGACCAUCGGGGAAAAGGCAAGAAAUAUAUUACAUUGUAAUUCAUUGCAAUGCGUGCUGCUCUUAGU